CAGAUGAACCGAGAUGAGCUCCAUGAAGGAUGUGAACCCGAGAGUCCUUGGGAUCAGAGAMCCUGUGAGCCUGCAGAGCCUGGCUGCACGGAUCACUGAGCAGAUCGCACAGGGUGAGCAGAAACCUUUUCAGAGGGUAAUCGAUGUCAGCUGUGGGGAUCCCCAYAGGGCCGGGAUGCCGCCCCUUUCGUUUGCUCGCCAGGUCUUGGCAGUCUGCUUGUACCCCGAGCUCCUGAAGGAAAGCAGCUUUCCUGUGGAUGUUYGUCAGAGGGCAGAGAAGCUGCUGGGUGCCUGUAAUGGAGGCAGUGUUGGCUCCUACUCUGCCUCCUCCUGUGGGAUACCCCAAAUACAGAAAUCUGUAGCCGAGUUCAUCACAAGGAGAGACGGUGGUGUGGCUUCAGAUCCAGAGGACAUCAUCUUCUCCAGCGGCUCCCAGAGGACCUUAAAGCUGGUUCUGCACUUGCUGUCCAGUGGACAGGGGUCCACUCAGACAGGUUUGCUGACCCCCCUCCCGUGUCCACACACCCUGCCAAUGCUGCUGGACGAGGUGRGGGUCAAAUUGGUGCCAUACCUACUGCUGGAAGAGCGAGGUUGGGCCUUAGACCUGGAKGAGCUGCACCGAGCCCUGAAGGCCGCCAGGAGGCACUGUGAGCCCAGAGCUAUUUACAUCAGUAACCCAGGAAACCCCACAGGUCAUGUACAAGACCUAAAAACCAUAGAAGAAGUGAUUCGUUUCGCUGCAUCAGAGCGGCUCGUUCUGUUAGUGGAAGAGGUGUAUCAGGACAGUGUGUUUGGACAGGACAAGAAGUUUCUUUCAUACAAAAAAGUCCUGUUUGAGAUGGGAGCAUCCUUCUCAGAGAGUGUGGAGAUGGUGUCGUUCCAUUCAAUAUCGGCAGGCACAAUGGGAGAGUGUGGUUUGAGAGGAGGCUAUAUGGAGGUCAUCAACAUGGACCUGCUGGUCAAAAACUUUUUAACGAGCAUGCAGGGUCCUUCCAGCCCUCCAGUUUUACCACAGUUGGCACUGGAAAUCAUGGUCAGUCCACCAUCACCUGGUGAUGCUUCAUAUGAAGUAUUUACUCGGGAAAUUCUUCAGAAAGUGGAAACUCUCACCCAAAACGCUCAACGAGCAUGUGAGUUUCUAAAUGGCGUUCCAGGGAUGAGCUGCCAGCCGGCGAUGGGCGGAGUCUUCCUUUAUCCUCGUCUGCAUUUACCUGCUGAAAUCAUACAAGAGGCUAAGAGAUCAGGGCUGCAGGCUGAUGUUCUGUACUGUAAGAAGCUACUGGAGGAGGAAGGUGUUUGUUUGGGUCCAGGCUCUGAGAACGGACAUGACAAUGAAAAGUACCACAUUAGACUCUGCAUUUCAGCUCCCGCUGCAGUCCUGGAGGACGUCCUGAAACGUCUUCGGUCUUUUCACCUGCGGAUCCAGGACAGACAUCACUGACAGAGAUCCAAAGGAUACAAACUUGGCAGAGAAAAAAAAAACACCUAAACAAAAAACAUCCUAAAAUUGCUUUGAAUUUUAAACCUGAUAAUCAAUACUUGACCAGAGUGGAGAAAAACCUAAUUUUAAUUAAAGCAUGCUGCKCUGCAGGUCCUGCAGCUAAAGCUCACUGCUUCAGUGUUUGUCUUUCUCUCUUUCCUGUCUCUCUCAGACACCGUCAGCAGACAGCUGCUCAUGCAACAUCAUAAUACAUCUACAGGAUGUUUCAUUAUGUUAACAGAGAGUUGUUCCUCCCUACUGUUGCCCUGUAAUUGAACAGAAUAGGGGGCUGGGAGUCUAUGCAACACCCAAACUCACUAAAUCUCUCGUUUUCUCGAGUUAGUGUGUUUAACAUUUAUUAUUUUAAUCUUAACCUGAAUGUCUUGGAUUUGACAAAUUGCAAAAAAAAAAGUGAAAAGCCUUGAUUUGACCUUCAGAGUGAACUCAUUUUAUAAGAACUUUUGUAAAUAAAUUGGUAUCAGUUAUUGUURAGCAUUUGUAUAUUACAAAAAAAAUUUACAAAUAUUUUAACCUGACAGUUUGAGUUGGGAAAGUGUCUUAUUUAGAUGAUGAUAUGUUUGCUGUCACAUAUCAGCAAACACACCAGUGGACAGACUUACACUGGUGUGUUGGCCCCCCUGCCAUGUCCACACACAUUACCCAUGCUGCUGGAUGAAGUGCGGGUGAAACUGGUGCCCUACAGGCUGACGGAGGAGCGAGGAUGGGCCUUAGACCUGGAAGAGCUGCACCGMKCCCWAAUGACCGCUAGGAGGCAGUGUGAUMCCAGAGCCAUUUACGUCAGUAACCCGGGAAACCCAACAGGUUUACCAGGACAGUGUGUUUGGACAGGACAAAGAGUUUCUCUCAUAUAAAAAGGUCCUGCUUGAGAUGGGAGUUUCCUGCUCAGAGACAGUGGAGAUGGCGUCAUUCCACUCAAUAUCGACAGCCACAAUGGAAAAAUGUUACGACUGUCAGCAGAUGUUCUGUACUGUCGGAGCUAACUGGAGGAAGAAGGUAUUUGUUUGGGGCCUGGCAGUGAAAAUGGACACAAUGAUGAAAAUGUUCACAUCAGGCUUUGUGCUUUAGCGCCUCCUGCUGUCCUGGAGGAUGUCCUGACACGUCUUUGUUCUUUUCACCAUCGUCUCCUCAACAGACCUGACUGAUGAAAUAUGAAGGAUACAAAGAGAAAAAAAAAAUCUUUUAAAACUUUUGUGAAAAAAGGUUUCCAAAACUAUGGAAAUCAUGGAAACCCUGCUAUCAAUAUUUUCAGAUGCACAUAUUAUGAUGAUGAGGUAAUUAUCUCAUAGAAUAAAAUCAGCACUUUUGUCACUGCUGAGGCAUUUGUCUUGGGGGACAAAUAAAAUUGUCCGCUUAGAUUUACUUUUAGACAAUAAAUAAACACAACUUCAAUUUUAAAUUGUAGAAACGUAUAAUCGUUUUAUUUUAAAAACRCUGAAUGUAAAUGCAAAAUAAAUAACAACAACCUAUUGUUCUCCUCUGGGAGGAGACUCCAGGGCAAGUCCUGCUUACGCUUGAGGAACAUUUUAUCCCUUGUCCCUUGGAAACAUCUCAAGGUCACCCAGGAUGAGCCCCAGAGUGUCAUCAGGAGAAUGUUUGGGUUUCCCCCCAGAACCUGUUACCCUUGUGACCCAAUAUUGGAUGUGCAGAAAACAGUGAAUUGUUGGUUAGACAGAACAUCUCUGCAGAUAAUGACUUCAUGCACAAAAAGCUAAAAAAGUUAUCAGGUUAGAAAGCAAAAAAAAAAAAAAAA